CCUCUCUCGCUCCGUCCCUUUGCUGUGCCGCAGUGCCGCCAAGUGCAGAUGGCGAUGCGGUGAGAAGAGGAGAGGAAUCUAGGCACCAAAUAUCCUCCUUCGCUUCCUUCGCUCCCUCUACUACCACGUUUCGUAUCGGUGACUUGCAUGCACUGCUCACCGUUGUCUCAUGUCGCAAAGGUGGAGAGAUGGAGGGAAGGAGAUAUUUCUGAGAAACGAAUACCUAGCUAGCUCGAAUACCUUCCUUCAUUCGAAUCCCUUGGCGUAUUUCUCGAUAUUGAUGAUUGAUUGACUGACUGACUCUCUCACUCACUCACUCACUCUUCUUGUUUUCAUUUUCUUCUCUCUCUCUCUAUUUGUUUUCUCUCUUGUUAUUACUAUUAUUGUUCUCUUUUUUGUGAUUUGUUGAGGUUGGGUUGGGUUGGGUUCCUUCGAUGGUGCUUCGUGUAGGUGAAAUGGCAUUUUUGACCAGGCGGCAUGUAACUGGCUGACGGUUCUCACCGCUCGCUGCCCUCGUCCAUCCUUUACAGUUUCAGCACCUGCUUGGAAGAAUACCCUUCUGGCAUAUUCUUGUAUUUCAUCGUUCGCAACCGCCGGAAUGGAGGAUUUUAGUUUGCUACUUCAGAGAAGCUGGGCAUUCUGAGUCGGAUCUUGUAGAUAUCCAGGGGGGAUUGGAGUUCCUUGAUGGCGCGGUGCAUGAGCUCUUUGGGUGGAAGAGUCGCUAGUUGAGUUUUAGGGUGCGAAGAAGUCGGGUGUUUGUUUGGAGUUGGCCGCAUUUGUGUGGAGGUUGAGGAGCAGUUGGAUUGUGGGUCCCUUGUGGAGCUUGGAUGAGGAUAUUGGGUUGUUAUUACGCUUAAUUUGUCGACAUUUUCUUGGAUUUGCGAGAUUUCGUGUAAUCUGGUUCAACUCGAUUUUAGAUCACCUGCAUUUUCAAUUGCGUUGGGAUUGACUUCAUGCUAGAAAGUGUGUGCAAUCUGGGAAUUAUCGGUUUAUAGUGGUCACACAGCUGGGUAUUAUGUCAGUGCCCCUGUUUCUUGCCAAAUUCUCUGCCAUAGCUAGUCUCACAGCCCUUUCCACUUCUUUGGCGGAUUCUGGAAGCGUGUACAGGAGGGACACAGACCGUAGGCCCCGGCUAUAGCAGUUCGAGUUUAAAUUUAGUAACGCCUGUGACAGAAAAAAGACGCGUGUAAUCCCUGUUGGGUAUUCCUGAUCUACGUCUAGCUCCGUCGGUUUUGAAUUGUAUCUGUCGCGUUAGAUUUGCUGUUGACGACAGUCUUGCUCUGUUAACUGUGCAUUCCCCUUGUCGCGGUGGGGAAGAAUCACAGAAAUCUUACGCAAUGACACCCAGUUUAUCAGGAGUUCGAGAAGAUGUUGAUCCGAAAUCAACCAUUUUGAUGCAAUUUGGCCUCUACCCGUGCAGCUAUGGCAAUUUUGUAGAAAACCUGAAACAGCAGUUAUCUGAUGAAAGGUCUCAUGGUGUUGCUUCUCGUUUUCGGAACGUGCAAAUUUCGUUCGCCUCAAUGUAUAGUGCCUCUGGAAAUUCCAUGGAGAUCGAAAGAGCGUUAUCUGAGGGAACAGUUGCUCCCAAGGUGAAGCAGCAGAGUUGGAGAUUCCGGUUUCCAUUCAUUGACGAUGCCAAUCCUUCAGAAGCCGAGACUGCAUUGAAUCAUGUCUACGCCGGAGCCAUGGCGAGAACUUUGUCUCAGGUUGGUGGCCACCCAGUAGACACCGUGAAGACUAGGAUGCAAGUACGCGACCCUCCCAAAAAGCUCCGGAAAUGGAGAAAGAAUAUUGCUUCACACCACAUUGGUAUUGGUCCCGUGGGUGUUGACAACUGGUUUUUUAAAGGACCUGCAGAUCUAUAUCGUGGAGUAACAGGCGCCAUACUAGGAACUGUUCCAAAUGCGCUUCUGUAUUUUGCGGCCUAUGAAACAUCGAAGCAAAAUCUGGAGAAGUAUCUGCCACCUGGGGUAGUCCAUGUUGCAUCGGCCUCUAUUGGUACUCUAGCGUCCUCCAUUGUGCGGGUACCAGCUGACACACUGAAACAUCGCGUGCAAGCAUACAUGCAUCCAAAUGUAUUUGAAGCUUUUCGGUCGGUCGUGACUGCCGAAGGUAUUGGAGGAUUGUAUAAGGGCUUCUGGCCCACCCUUAUGAGAGAUGUACCUGAAAUUGUGAUUCAGUUUGGAGUCUACGAAAAACUGAGAACGGUGGUACAGAAAAAGCGCAACGUCACGAAACUCACGACUCCCGAGCAUCUGCUUCUUGGAGCUUGCGCAGGGGCUAUCGCUGCCGCGUGCACUAUGCCGCUUGAUCUUGUGAAGACACGGCAACAAUGUGGUGCACAGCAGGCAAUACCCAUGAUUGUUGCUGGUGUUAUAAGGGAGAAAGGAGCUUCUGGGCUUUUUAGUGGACUGGGUGCAAGGACUGUUCAUGUGUCACUUAUGUCAGCCCUCUUCUUCGGCUUUUUCGAAUAUUGCAAGCUGAUCAUAAAGCCCAAUCGAAGCGGUCAGGACAAGUUGCUGCUUCCCAAAAUCUGGAACAAAAGGCGUUCAAAAAUCUGGAAGAGGCAGUUUGUGCGGCAGUAGUUUCUUUUAGUGUGCUGGACACAGGAGCAAGACAUUUGUGGACAUAUAUUCAUUUACACAAGUCUCUCGCCUGCCACCUCCUCAACAACUUUCUGAGAAGUGUAACUGCUAAUUGCAAUGAAGAUAUUGAAGUAAUCAGCUGAUGCAUUGAGAAAUAAGAAUUGUAAUAUCUUUCUUGUUUAUUAUUCAUUAUUUUAUUUUUGGUGGCUUCUAAUGUGAAAGGAUGUAACGGAGUUUCUAUUUUCAUGUCAUAUAUUUUAGAUAAAAUAUGGCUAUUUUUGUUCACA